AUGUCUGCUGCCAGAGUCAAAGCCGAGAAAAUCAUCGCCGACAACGGCGUGGUUGUUUUCUCCAAGUCCUACUGCCCUCACUGCAAUGAGACCAAAGCACUGCUGAACUCUCAUGGGGCCAAGUUCUUCACCUUGGAACUCGACAAAGUUGAUGACGGCCCUGCUAUCCAGGAUGCUCUCCUUGAGAUCACCAAGCAACGCACCGUUCCCAACAUCUUCAUCAAGCAGCAGCACAUCGGUGGUAACUCUGACCUCACUGCGAAGACCGCUCAGUUGCCGGCCUUGUUGAAGGAGGCUGGUGCUGUCUAG